AAAUGUCCAUAUGACGCAAUCAAAAUCAUUAAUUUGCCGAGUAAUUUGGCUAAAGACACCACACAUCGUUACAGCAAAAACUCAUUCAAACUACAUCGACUACCAACACCGCGCACUGGCGAGGUUCUUGGUCUGGUCGGUACCAAUGGAAUUGGCAAAUCAACGGCGCUAAAAAUUUUAGCUGGCAAGACAAAACCGAACUUGGGAAAAUUCGAUUCGCCACCUGAUUGGCCCACGAUUUUGUCCUACUUCAGAGGGUCUGAACUACAGAAUUAUUUCACAAAAAUUCUCGAAGACAAUCUGAAGGCAGUUGUGAAGCCACAAUACGUAGAUCAGAUUCCAAGGGCGGCGAAAGGUCAAGUUAUGGAAUUGCUGACGAAAAAAUGUGACCGAGACAAUAUCAAAGAGGUUUGCGAUCAGCUGGAGUUAGUAACAGUGCAAGAUCGUAUGAUUGAACAGUUGUCUGGUGGUGAAUUGCAACGUUUUGCCAUUGGAAUGUGUGUCGUGCAACGUGCCGAUGUGUACAUGUUCGAUGAACCGUCCAGUUAUUUGGAUGUGAAACAACGUCUGAACGCUGCCAAAAUUAUUCGUGAUCUUGUCACGCCACACGACUGUGAUGAACGUGCGUUAACGAUUUGCAGUUAUGUGAUUGUUGUGGAACACGAUUUGGCUGUGCUCGACUAUCUUUCGGAUUUCAUUUGUUGUUUAUACGGCGUGCCGGGUGCUUACGGUGUGGUCACAUUGCCGUCUGGAGUGCGAGAAGGCAUCAACAUCUUUUUGGAUGGUUUCAUUCCAACUGAAAAUAUGCGAUUCAGGUUCGAAAUCUCAUCGGAUUAUCAAAUAACUUAUGCGUUA